UAUUAUGAUUGGUGUUCUCUGUUUGUGUCUGUGAUCCCCGCAAUGCACGCUUCUUUGUCUCUUCUUUUCUCAACGAUUCUCACCAUUCUCCGACUUUUUCUCUUCUGCUUCAAUCAAACAAAUAUCCGCAACAUUUUCUCCAUCAUUAUUCAUCACUCUCUUUGUUUCCCUUCCUCGUUUCGUUCGCAUCUUUGCAUGCAUAUAGCUUCAGACUAAAAACUUCACAUUCGCAUUUGCUGGGAACAUGAACACCAGUUUGUUUCCUUUGAUCACGUUCUCUCUUAGUUUCCACGCUAAUUGCUCUUAAAUUCAUCGGCAUCUUGCAGCCAAGCGUUUUGGUGAGAGUUUUACGUACGUAAUUUCAUGUUCUUUCUAUCACGUGAAUUAAUGCUGAACUUAUGUUGCAGAGACUUUAAUUUGUUCUUGCAAUACAUUGGAUCCAAAGACAAUUGAGGAGGGUGUUAAAAUGUGUACAUCUCCAAGGCGUGUUAUAUAUUCGAGUUUGGUUUGUAUAGUGACGCUUCAAGUUGCUUAAUCUCAAUAAAGAAAAUCUGAAUUUGGAAGCAAAGGGAUUUUGCAAUUGAGGGUUCAAAGAAUGGGUACUGAAUUAAGUUACGCACUUUCAAAAAUGCAAAUGCUAUCCACUUCAGAUUAUGCCUCCGUUGUGUCCAUGAACAUUUUUGUGGCUCUGCUGUGUGCUUGCAUUGUCAUUGGCCAUCUUCUUGAGGAGAAUCGGUGGGUGAAUGAAUCUAUCACUGCCCUGUUUAUAGGUGUUUGUACUGGUGUAGUUAUUUUGUUGCAAAGUCGCGGCAAAAGCUCGCAUCUUCUAGUUUUUAGUGAAGAUCUUUUCUUUAUAUACCUUCUGCCUCCUAUCAUAUUUAAUGCAGGGUUUCAAGUGAAAAAGAAACAGUUCUUUGUUAACUUCAUGACCAUCAUGCUUUUUGGAGCUGUUGGUACAUUAAUAAAUUGUAGCAUCAUAACUUUUGGUGUCAUACAAAUAUUUAAGAGAAUGGGUGUUGGAAAAUCACUGGAGAUAGGAGAUUAUCUCGCAAUUGGGGCAAUAUUUGCUGCAACAGAUUCAGUGUGCACAUUGCAGGUGCUAAGCCAGGAUGAGACACCUUUACUAUAUAGCCUUGUAUUUGGCGAGGGUGUUGUGAAUGAUGCUACAUCUGUCGUGCUUUUCAAUGCAAUCAAAAGUUUUGAUCUCAACAUAAUUGACCACAGAAUUGGUUUGCAUUUUUUCGGCAAUUUCUUCUACCUGUUUAUCGCAAGCACCAUGCUUGGGGUCUUGGCCGGUCUACUCAGCGCUUACAUUAUUAAAACGCUUUAUAUUGGCAGGCACUCUACAGAUCGCGAGGUUGCUCUUAUGAUGUUAAUGGCAUACCUUUCCUACAUUCUGGCUGAAUUAUGGUAUCUGAGUGGCAUUCUCACUGUAUUCUUCUGUGGGAUUGUUAUGUCACAUUAUACUUGGCAUAAUGUGACUGAGAGCUCGAGAAUCACUACCAAACAUGCUUUUGCAACUCUCUCUUUUGUUCUUGAAACCUUUAUCUUCCUUUAUGUUGGUAUGGAUGCGUUGGACAUUGAAAAGUGGAGGUUUGUUAGCGAUAGGCCGAAAACAUCUGUUGCUGUUAGUUCAGUAUUAUUGGGUCUCGUACUUGCCGGAAGAGCAGCAUUUGUUUUUCCCUUAUCCUUCUUAUCAAACCUCACUAAAAAGAAUCAAAGUGAAAAAAUAAGUUUGAGGGAGCAGGUGAUCAUUUGGUGGGCUGGUCUUAUGAGAGGUGCUGUUUCAAUGGCACUUGCCUAUAAUCAGUUCACCUUGUCAGGUCACACUGAACUGCGCACCAAUGCCAUCAUGAUCACCAGCACCAUCACUGUUGUGCUUGUCAGCACAGUGGUGUUUGGUUUGAUGACCAAGCCACUCAUAAGGUUUUUGCUGCCAGUUAGUCCACCUCCUAAACGCAAGAACAGCUUGGGAAAUAUGGAAUCAUCUAAUCCUCCGAAAUCAAUCACUGUGCCCUUUCUUGGAGGCGCUCAUGAUUCUGAAAACGAUCUUGAUGGCAGUGAAGAUCACCGUCCAAACACUAUUCGUGCCUUAUUCAGCAAUUCAACACAUAAUGUACAUCGCUUAUGGCGUACGUUUGAUAAUUCAGUCAUGCGUCCAGUUUUCGGCGGUAGGGGAUUUGUUCCAGUGGCUACUACCUCACCAACUGGCAGAAGUAAUAGUCAGUGGCACUAAGAAGAUUGCCCAGAAAUGUGUACUAUAGUAGAUCGAAAAUUUUGUGCAGAUGAAGUUCUUUUGGGUAGUGAGAAAACAUUGUGCCAUGGGUUCGAUUUCAUUUUGACUAUACUACGGUUGAUCCCUUCGUAGUGUGAAAAUUGUGAAUUCAGCUAUGAACCCAUUUUCUUUAUUUUUUUUAAGCUAAGAUUAUUGAAAAUUACAACCACUGUCUUUGUACGCAGCCAAGAAAGAUUUAUUCAAAGAAAUGUUUAAUUCGGUAGGAAAGAAUGAUGGAGGAAUAGAUCAUAAUGAAAAAUGAAUUAUAUUAUCUAUUUCAUUUCAUGACU